CCCGCGGAUCGCGCCAUUCGGUGGGACAGUCGCGGGUAAUACAAAUUUCAAUUUGCGAAGGACGCGAGGACAAUGCCAAUUCACAGUGGUUACAAAUCUUUCAUUUCAUUUUGUGUGAUAACUACUAUUGCAACGCUAUCAUAUUGCUUCUGGAGACUGAGGAGAUCAAAGACAGCUUGUGACAGUGACAAAGUAACGGAUGAACCAUUAGAUGAAGAGAAUGAGGAGGAGACCAUGGGUGACAGAAAGAGGGACGAUACCUUGGAUAUCAGGAGGAAUAGUGAUGGUGAUGGUCCUUCUAAUGGUAGCCUCAGAGAUGAUGAGGUUCACCGAUCCGAUGAGAACAAGAUCUAUGUAAGCAACAUCAACUAUCAGGUACGGAGGGGUGAGCUGAAGGACUUUUUCAGCUACUUUGGGCAUGUCACUCGGGUCAACCUUUUGACAGAUCGCAACAGGAAGAGAUCAAGGGGAUUGGCAUUUGUCACUUUCAGUAAAAGGAAAGAUGCAGAGAGAGCGAAGUCAGCAUCUGACUAUGAACUCACUCUGGAUGGAAGGGUAAUGAAAUGCAGCGCCAUGCAAAGAAGACCAAGGAGAGGCCCAAAGGACAAGACCGAACCAUCCUCCAGCAGUGAAUCCAAAGCAGAUGAGACACCACAGGUUGUCAACGAAGAGCCAAUCUUUGAAGAUGAUUCCCUGAUCAACGCUCUCCCCGAUGACAUGCUCAUCAAUAUCUUUAGCUACCUGACCCUAAAGGAGAGGAUAGGUAUUGAAUCUGUAUGUAGGAGAUGGCGUAAGGUUUGUGAAGCAACAUGGCUGUCUCAGUCUUCCCUUCACUUCACCAAUGUCUUCAAAGGAUUUUCAUUCUCUGAUGAGCAAGUUUCAGUUGGCCCAGCUGUGCUGACUGAUUCUAUCUUCAAGUCCAUCCUAUUCAAGGACUGCUACAACCUCAAACACUUGGAUAUCUCAGCUUCUCCUAGGUUUCUCACUACAAGAUCACUCAACUGUAUUGGUCAAGUGUGUCGAGAGCUGAGGUCACUCAACUUAUCAUGUUCCAAGGUGGAUAAUAACAGUAUCAAGACGAUAACCAAUGGCUCCAGAAAGAUUGAGAAAAUCAUUUUGCAGGGUUGCCAGGAGCUUGGUGAAAAAGGAGUCUGGUGGUUGUUUCACAACUGUGAAAACCUGUGUCAUAUUGAUUUGAGAGAGAAUCGUCGUAUUAUUGGAAAGUGCUUCUACAUCCUGAACAAGAACUGCAAGAUUGCUUUGCUAGAUGGCUGCUGUAGUAUCAAUGAUAAAGGAUUGGAUUGCCUGACUACCAAGUGUGGAGAGAGUCUAGAAGAACUUGAUAUGAGCGGAUGUAUGACUGUCACCGAUAAAGCCUUCAACAAUAUGACAGAGAGAUGUAACUAUCUCAAGGUUUUGAAGAUGUGUGGUGUUCACUCCAAAGGUAGGUUAUCAGCAUGUCAGGAAUGAAAUGGAAUAUUCAACAGUUGUUUACAGUGAUUGAAAAAUAGCCUUGUUUCUCUCCUAUCUUAGAAUUCAUUAGGCUUUAUAUUUUUUUUCUAUUGAAAUCUGAUCUCUUGAGACAGUUUUGUAUCAAACCACAUUUUUGGGGCAGCUUGACUACCCUGUAAAGCAUAGUUUCUAGAAUUGUUUAGAGAGUAUUUACAAGAAUUUUCUAAUUUGUAGUACUAUUUUUUUUCCAAUGUCACUUCACUCUGUAUCUUAUUUCCAAUAUUUAAAGGUAAAG